AUGGCUUUCCUUCAUCCAUCUGAAGGUUUUGAAAUCAAAAGCUCUUCAGAAUCAUCAGUUGUAGACAUUGAGGCCACCACAAACACACCAGUAAGUGAGCAUGGUAUAUGCUUAGCAUGGAAGGAUAUAUGGGUGAAUACAAUCGCAAAAGGAAAGAAUGGAAGAAGAUCAAUCCUUCAAGGACUAACUGGUUAUGCUAAACCAGGCGAACUAUUAGCCAUUAUGGGUCCUUCUGGCUGUGGCAAGUCCACACUACUUGAUACUUUAGCAGGGAGAUUAGCCACAAACACAAGACAAACUGGGGAGAUUCUACUCAACGGUCACAAACAAGAAUUGUCAUACGGAACUUCGGCUUAUGUAACACAAGAUGAUAUAUUAUUAACAACCUUAACUGUUAAAGAAGCAGUGUACUAUUCAGCUCAACUUCAGUUACCUAACACAAUGUCUAAGGAAGAAAAGAAACAAAGAGCUGAUUUUACAAUCAAAGAAAUGGGUCUUCAAGAUGCAAUCAACACAAGAAUUGGAGGGUGGGGUGUUAAAGGCAUAAGUGGGGGUCAAAAAAGAAGAGUCAGCAUUUGCAUUGAGAUUCUAACUCGUCCUAGACUUCUUUUUCUUGAUGAACCAACUAGUGGACUUGAUAGUGCUGCUUCUUACUAUGUCAUGAAAAGAAUUGCUUCCUUGGAUCAGAAAGAUGGAAUUCAAAGGACUAUUAUCACUUCUAUCCAUCAACCUAGUUCUGAAGUUUUUCAACUUUUUGAUAACCUUUGUCUUCUCUCUUCUGGUAAAACUGUUUAUUUUGGACCUGCUUCUGCUGCAUGUGAGUUUUUCGGUUUGAAUGGAUUUCCUUGUUCUCCUCUUCAAAAUCCAUCUGAUCAUUUACUUAAAACUAUAAACAAGGAUUUCGAUCAGGAUACUGAGACGGAAAUUUCCGCUGAAGAAGCAAUUAGUAUCCUUGUAAGUUCAUAUAAAUCAUCUGAAAUGAACAAAGAUGUUCACAAUGAAGUUGCACUUCUAUCCAAAAAGCAAAUGAGAUCAAUGGACAAGAACAAAGGGCAUGCAGGGUUCUUUAACCAAUGCUUAGCUCUUACCAAACGCUCAUCAUUGAACAUGUUUCGUGAUCUAGGCUAUUACUGGUUACGAUUAGGCAUAUAUAUUGCAUUGGCUUUAAGUUUAGGAACUGUGUUCUAUGAUUUUGGUACAAGUUACACCUCAAUUAAGGAUCGUGGUUCACUUCUUGCAUACGUCUCUGGAUUCUUAACUUUCAUGAGCAUUGGUGGAUUUCCUUCCUUUGUAGAAGACAUGAAAGUAUUUCAACGAGAGAGACAAAACGGGCAUUAUGGCGUGGUAGCAUAUGUGAUUGGGAACACGUUUUCAUCAGUUCCAUUCAUUUUAGUGAUUUCAAUCAUUCCAGCAGUUAUAACUUACUACCUAUGUGGUCUUCAAAAAGGAUAUGAACACUUUUUCUUCUUUGCAUGUGUUUUAUUUUCAAGCCUAACGUUAGUUGAGAGCCUCAUGAUGAUAGUUUCAAGCAUUGUUCCGAACUUUCUAAUGGGAAUCGUAACGGGCGCUGGAAUUCAAGGAGUCAUGCUGUUGGUUGGAGGGUUCUUCAAAUUGCCACAUGAUAUUCCCAACAUAUUUUGGAGAUAUCCAUUCCACUAUGUUGCAUUUCAUACUUAUGUAACCGAGGGAUUGUUCAAGAAUGAGUACGAAGGACUAAGGUUCGAUAAACCAAAUGUACAAGGCGUAAAUGGGUACAUUACUGGUGAAGCGGUUUUGACAGGUAUAUGGCAAAUUGACAUGAGUUAUUCAAAAUGGGUUGAUCUUGCAAUUUUGUUUGGGAUGAUUGUUUUGUAUCGUGUUUUGUUUCUUUUUAUCAUCAAAGGUAGAGAGAAGAUGAAACCUGUUGUUGGAUCAAUGUUAUCUAGAAUGGGAGAGUCUUCCAAGACAAUAAUGCAUGUUGAGAAGCCUGAUGCUACUCCUUUGAAUGGGCAUGUUGUGUAA